AUGGCCGCACCACACAAAUUAUUUUACAAGGGAUCGAAUGUCGAUGAUUUCGUGAUUUUUGUUGACGACGUUAAUUUGCGUGAAAAGUAUCUCAAAGGUGACACCACCAUACCCUUGAUUGACAUUGUUUCCAUCUAUAAAGUGUUUGUUAAUAGACAAGGUGGUCUGGAGGGUGUGUUGGAUGAAGCCUCCAAGAACGAAUUGUCCAAUGAAUUUGGAACAACUGAUGUCGAUGCCAUUAUUAAGAAGAUCUUGAAAGAGGGUAGUGACAAGCAAGGUAGCUCCAUACAAAGAGGAGGUAAUUCUCAUAACGACUCGAUGGGUGCAGGAAACACUGGUAACUAG